UAUUGCAAGAGCAUAACGUGACGCGCAAGGACCUGAGACACGUAUGGCUAUCAAAUGGAUUAUUCUGACAUACUCUUGACUUGAACUCAGACUAUAAGCAAGGACAAUGCAGUCAGGAGCCACACACAGGACUUGCACAGAGCUUGAAGAACCUGGUUUUAUAAAAAUAAAAACUACCUGGCUUUGAUUAAGACACAUUCAUUCAGUCGGCUGAUAUCACACUGAGCGGAAGGACUUGGAUUGACAGCACUGACGAUAUUUUAGAUGACAUUCUGAAUGCUUUUUGUCACACAGCUGCACCAUUCAAGUGGAUCAUAUUCAUCGAGACGAGAACGAAACACACCAAGCGAAAGGACACGCGUGAGAAAGCUUACCAUGCACUGACAACAAGGAAUGGAAAGCAUCAGUGUGGAAACGGACUGGGAUGGGUUAGCCCUCUCCUCUCUAGGCGUCACAGGAAGGAACAAUAUUUCUUCCUCGUUUGUCUCUGAACUGAACUCCCUCAACAGUUCUCACGGCGGUGGAUCAUUUUUGGGGAUUUUCCCUGAGAAUGGUUCCACCCCCACGCCUCACACCUUGGCCCCGGCCAGGAUGAGGGACCUGGGUCUGGCUCGGGCAGAGAUUGCAGUUCUCGGGGUGGUGCUGGCUCUUACCACCCUGGGAAAUAGCUUUGUGCUGUGGGUGCUGCUGAGGAGGAGGAAGCAUAAUGCGCCAAUGCAUGUGUUCAUGGUCAACCUCUGUGUGGCUGACCUGGUGGUGGCCUUCUUUCAGGUUCUUCCACAGCUAAUAUGGGACAUCACAGAGAGGUUUCAGGGGCCUGAUUUUCUGUGCCGGUCCAUCAAGUACUUGCAGAUUGUGGGGAUGUUUGCUUCCUCCUACAUGAUAGUUGCAAUGACGGUAGACCGGCACCAGGCCAUCUGCUGCCCGUUGCAAGCCUACCGUGGGGGAGCAAUGUCCCGCUGGAACACCCCUGUCAUGGUGGCCUGGGGCUUGGCGCUUGUCCUCAGCAUACCACAGGUGUUCAUCUUCUCUCGCUCAGAAGUGGCUUCCGGAGAGUUCGAGUGCUGGGGUCACUUUGCUGAGUUGUGGGGGCUGAAGGCCUACAUCACGUGGAUGACCGUGGCUGUGUUUGUUCUCCCUGCCCUCAUAAUUACCAUCUGUCAGAUAAGAAUCUUCCGAGAAAUUCACAACAACAUCUACCUUAAGUCAGAAAGGAUGGUGAUGGCUGAGUUAAAGAAGAAUGAGAUCUCCUUCCACUUUCACAGCUUUAAGAAGGAGGACGAGCGGGCCAGGGAGAGGGACAAGGGAAGGCGGGCGUCCGGAGGAGGAGGUAGGGAUGGUCGAGGAGGACAGUUCUUAAAGGGCGUGAAUAACAACCCUCACAAUAACACUCAUAACAGCCAAGUUGGAGAGUGCUGCGACAAUGUACCAUCCACUAUCCAUUAUAACAGCUGUUGUGGUGAACAUGUGACUACAACAGCAUUGCCUGCACGGCAGCAAACACUGAAUGGCUUAGAUGGCCAGGAGAUGCCCUCUGACUCAACCCGCUGCUCCCUUGACUACACCCGCCCUUCUCCUCCACCCACUCCAGCCAUUCCACCUCCAAGCAUCACGAAAGCCAUGUCCAAGACGGUGAAAAUGACCCUGGUCAUUGUGCUGGUCUAUACUAUCUGCUGGUCGCCCUUCUUCAUCGUCCAGCUUUGGGCAGCCUGGGACCCCAACCCUCCAGACCAAGGAGUGGCCUUCACUAUCCUGAUGCUGCUGGCUAGUCUGAACUCAUGCACCAACCCGUGGAUCUACACAGCGUUCUCCAGCAGCGUGUCCAGAGAGCUGCAGAAUCUGCUGCAGUGUCGGUCAGGAACUGGCCGCCGGGGUUCCCUGCCUGACGACUCCAGUACUACACAUACCUCGACCACCAAGGACAGCCUGUACUGA